GCCAAAUCCGCGAGAGGAACAAGCUGCUCGAACAGAUCGAAUGAAAUGCGGAGUCUAAUUUGUGUUUCCGUGACAUUUGUGCUGCUAUUUAUGGGAAGCUCUGGGCAAUCGAGAGUAAAGCUAACAAACGAUCUUAACGGCACAGCCUCAACAAAGUGCCAAGACAUGCAAAGUAAAUUCAAACAAUAUCAGGACGUGUGUAAGACCAUAAAUGAAAAUCGAAAGCUGCAGAUAAAUAUAUACGAGGCACUUACCCGAAAUUUGCAGUUGAAUAACUCGCAUUCACAGAAUACAAUUAUUGAGCAUUCAAAGACAAUUCUAAGCAAAAGCGACUUGAUACAUAAGUGCGAGCUGGAGUCAAGCAAUAAAGAACUGAAAUUAUGCAGCCUUGAGAAAACUCUGAAUAGCACGCAGAUCCAAUUGAGCCACAGCAACGAAGCCAUUGUGAAUAUCACCAGCCUAAAUAGACUAUUGAAAAGUGAAUUGAGUGACCAGAAAACUAAAGUCGAAGAGCAAAUCUUAGCAAUAGACGAGUUAACCAAGUUAUUAAACACUGAACAGAUUAAAGUUCGGAAACUAAAUCAAGUGAAUGGGAUCCAGCAAGCCGAACUCACCGACAGCCGGAUUCGAAUAGGCGCACUGCAGGCCACCGCAAUACAAUCCACGGCAACCAUCGAGGCCCUAAAUCAACAGAUUAUUGAACUGAAAUCGCAGCUCGAUUCAAGAAAUGAGAAUAUUAAGAAUUUGAAUGCUAUUGUCGAGGGCUAUUCGAGCUGCUGCAAGGCAUCCAGUUGCGUUUCAUUUGGCGCCUCCAACAAUGUGCACGUGGUUAAGGUGGACGGUGUGGACGAGCCCUUCGAAGUGCUUUGCAAUAGCCAACUGGCGGGCAAUGGCUGGACAGUCAUACAGCGCCGGAUCAACGGAGAGCUCGACUUCUAUCGCAACUGGAAUGACUACAAGAAGGGAUUCGGCAGUCCGUCGGGCGAGUUUUUCAUUGGGUUAGAACGACUAUAUCACAUGACUAAGGACACGCCCCACCAGCUGUAUAUCUGGCUGGAGGACUUUAACAACAUCUCAAAAUAUGCCAGCUUUGAUGACUUCAAGGUGGCCUCCGAGCAGCAAGCGUACGCGCUGCUAUCCCUGGGCAAGCACAAGGGAACCACCAGGAAUGCUAUGCGUGUGAACACAGGUCAAAAGUUCACCACGUACGAUCGUGAUAACGAUGCAGAUGAGAUCAAUAACUGUGCCGAACGCCUACAUGGCGCCUGGUGGUACGACCAUUGCGGCUUUAGCAACUUAAAUGGCGUUUAUAAGCACGCUGAUUUGGACGUUGAUCCUGUCAAUCAAGGCAUCUUUUGGGUGGACGAGCGAUUUCAUGAUGCGGACUAUUCGCUGAAAUCAGUUCUCAUGAUGAUAAGGCCCAAGGACUAAACAAGUUAAACCCAUUUAAAUUAUAAAUGUGAUUUGAUUAUGGUGACCUUAGUGGACUC